AUGACGGUGCGCGAAAGAUGGAGACGCGAAGGACGCGAGCUUCCAGGAACGCGAAGAACGAGCGGUGCUUUGACGAGGCGAACGAAGAAGGAAAUUCUGCGCGCGGUGAUGACGACGUCGUCGGAUUCUUCUUCGUCGUCGUCGUCGUCGUCGUCGUCGGAAACACCACCGGUAUCGAUAAAAAAUUCGGAGGAAGAAGUCCGGGAAAAGGUCCACGCGAGAGUUGCGAGAGCGAAGGCGAAAGCGAUGGAACUGGCGAAGACGACGAAAAGGACGAGAGGAAACGACGACGAAAAACAGGAUGAGGAAAAGGAGGACGAAGAGGAGAGAAAGGCGGUGAAGACGGCGUCGUCGAAGCGCGUGUUGGCGGCGGAGACUUUGCAGAAAAGUUUGGACCUUUUAGCGGCGAAAGGAGAGGAGGAGGACGAGGAGGAAGAUGUGGACGCGAGGAGGAAAAGGAGCGCCGACGCCGUCGUCGCCGACGAAGAGUUUUCUCGGAGUCGUUCUGAGAGUUUUAGCAGUGAUGAUUCAACGUUUGAACGCGUUGCAGAGAGCGAGAAGGAGGAGGCGCAAAAAGUGUUGGUCGAAGCGCUCGAAGCGAAACUCGCCGAACGAGAGGAAAACGUGAACGCGUUAGAGAGGAAAGUUGAAGAGAUGGAGAUGGAAUUUCGAAACGCGAGCGAGGCGUUGAGAGCGACGCAAAAAGAGCUCGAAGAGAAGGAGAGCAAAAUGCAAGAAGAACGAGACGCUCGAGAAGAGAAAGAAGUCGAGGCGUUUCUCGCGCUCGAGAGAACGUUUCAGUUAGAGAUGGGGAGUUUGAAGAAAGAGCUUGAAAGUUCGGAGAGAGACGCGGAGACGGCGCGAGCGGAACUGGAAGAUAUUAAGAGGAAAUUAGAGAUGGACAUCGCGCGGGAAAAAAAGGUGAGCGAAGAGCUACGAAAGAAGGUGGAAGAAUUGAAAGGAAGGCAGUCGGAAGACGCGUCCGGAGAAGUAGAGAAGAAAAUUCGCGAAAACGCGCAAUUGACGGCGGAAAUCAACGUUUUGAAGGAUAAAGUGGCUCACCUGACGGCAUUAGAGUCGGAAGUGACGCGAUUGAAAGAAAAGGAAACCUUGAAUGCGUCUUUAGAGAAUGAGAUCGAAAAAAUGCGCGUGGAAAUAGCCAACAACAAACUCAACGAUUCGGAUGCGGUUAUCGACGAAAACGAGUUAUCCGCGCUCGUCGACGAAAACGCAUCGUUGAAAGAGGAAAUCGGAACGCUGAAAUUGAAGGUGGAAAGUUUGCAAGAGUCGUUGAAAACAACCAAAGCGACGAUCGACGUAUUUCAAGCGACGACUGAGAGGUUUGAUUUAGAAACGAGCGAACUCAUGGACGAACGCGAAACGCUGGUAAAAAAAAUCGUCGACUUGGAGCGCAUGCUCCAGGAAUCGAUUGAGGAGCAGAAAGCGUUGCAACAGGCACUCGCGGACGAGCAAGAAGAGAAUACGAAAUUAGUACUAGCGCAAAAAGAAAAAGCAUCAGCACCGGUACCGGUGGCAUCGUCGUCGUCGUCGUCGUCGUCUUUAUCUUCGACGACGGAAAGAGGUAUCGUCAUCAACCACCACGACGAAAACGAGUUGCGUCGCCAAGGCGUUCCGGUAGGGGAGGAAUUAGACGCCUUAACGAAAGAUGUCGGCGAUCGCGCGUAUAUAAAGCUCUACGACCAUCAAGCGGAAGCGUUAAUGAUAGAAGCCGUCCGAAUAGUUGACGCUCGAAAUACCGCUAAAGAUUCCGUCAAAAAGUUUGACAACGCGUUUGAGAGCGUCCGAAACGUCUAUGCGUGCACGUCGAGACCACUCGCCGGGGAGAAAGUAACCAUUUUGUACAAUCGAAAACAGUUACUUCCUAACAAUAGCGCGGUUUCGGGCGAGGAGAAAGUCAUGUUUGCGAUGGUUGGAUACAACGGUUGGAGUCUUCAGCAUGCCAUCAAAGUAGAUUUACAGCCGAUUGAAAACUUCCACUCACCCCCCAAAAAUCACGAUCAAGAAAAAUGCGAGUGGUGGGAAUUCGCGUUGGAUGUACCGAGCGAAGCGAUGGUGAUUGAUUUCGUCGUAGGUGAUUCCAAAGGAAAAUUCGAUAACAACAAUGGGAAAGAUUACCACAUCGAGGCAGCGGUAGAGACGGAUGAAAUCGUGGAAGAUAACUCGAGAGAGGCGCAAAUCGAGCGCGAGUAUCAUCUGAUAGCCGAGAAGAGGAGAGAAAAAAAUCAUGAAGAGCUGGCGUUUGCGAGAAAAUGCGCGGAAAGUGCGGUGAGAGCUAAGGCAGCUUUACUGGCGAAGAAGGCUAUAUCUUCCAUUCGAGGCGAGUUUCGUGUCUUCACGGAUCCUUUGCGGCCGAAAGCUGGCGAGCGGGUAACGAUUAGGUAUCGACCGGAUGGGGGGCCGUUGACAUUCGCUCGAGCCAUUUACGUCGAUAUAAACUUUAAUCGCACGCAAAAUCAUCCAGCUAAGAUGGAAAAAGUGAACAUGCGCGCGGGAUUAAAUGGUGGCGUUUUAGAAACAACCAUAGACGUACCUCUCGAUGCGCAUGUCGUCGAUUUUUCGUUCAGAGAUAACGGAAUUUUCGUGGACGACAACGAAGGCGCGGAUUACCAUUGCGACGUCAUUGGCGCGUCAGGUAUAGCACCGAAGUUACGAAUUGCACACUUAGCGGUUGAAAUGGCGCCAAUUGCAAAAGUUGGCGGGCUGGGCGACGUUGUCACCGCUUUGUCGCGGUCUGUUCAAGAACAAGGGCACCACGUGGACGUGUACGUCCCGAAAUAUGAUUGCAUGAACUACAAAGAAAUCGAAGGGUUGCGCAAAGUCGAUCAGUUUCAUUACGGCAACGACGUGAUAAACAUUUAUCAAGGCUUCGUCGAAGGUGUGCGAGUGACGUUCAUCGAUCCAGAAUGCGGGCACUUCCGAGUCGGGUGCAUAUACGGCCGAGGCGACGACCACGUUCGAUUCGGGUACUUCUCGGACGCGUGUGUCGCGUACAUGAAACGCGCCAACUGUUUCCCAGACGUCUUGCACGUUCACGAUUGGCAGACUGCGCCGGCAAUAUGGAGUCCAGACAGACCCAAAACAACCGCCACGGCGUUAACUAUCCAUAACUUGCAGUUUGGUCAAGAUCUCAUUCGCCGCGCGAUGAUUGAGUGCACGUUUGCCACCACGGUCUCCCCUACCUACGCCGAAGAAAUCAAGCACCACCCAUCGAUUAACGUCAUUCCGGAAAACGAAUCCACCAAGUUCAAGGGGAUACGCAACGGUAUCGAUAAUGACAUCUGGGAUCCAUCGAAUGACGAAUUCUUACCGCUGCGAUACGACUGGCAAACAUGUAAAGAAGGUAAACGCGAAGCGAAACUCGAAUUGCUUAAACGCAUGCGCAUGGACGCGACAGAUUUUGAAUCAAAACCUAUCGUUGCCUGCGUCACGCGUUUAACCGAACAGAAAGGUGUUCACUUGAUAAAAAAAGCAUGUCGAUACGCGCUCGAAAAAGGCGCCUACUUUGUCCUUCUCGGCUCCGCCCCGGACGAUCGCAUCGCGAACGAUUUCGCCAACCUCGCCAACGAGAUGAAAUCCCAACACCCCGGUCGGUGCGGUUUCUUCUUCUCUUACGACGAACCGUUAUCCCACCUCAUCUACGCCGGUGCCGACAUUUUCUGCGUCCCUUCCAUAUUCGAACCGUGCGGGUUGACGCAAAUGAUUGCCAUGCGUUACGGUGCCGUGCCUUUGGUUCGCAGAACCGGCGGUUUACGAGACACCGUCUUUGACGUCCAACUCGACCCGGCUCGAGCCGCGUCUUACGGAAAAUCCUGCAACGGCUACAACUUUGACGGCGAACAUGAACAAGACAUAGAAUACGCGCUCAAACGCGCUUUGGGUGACUACUUCGACCGCGAAAAAUGGAAUCAAAUGAACCUCCCGUCCGUCGGCAUGCGCCAAGACUGGUCUUGGACCGCGCCGAGCGAACGAUACAUCGAUCUCUACUGGAACGCCAGGAGGAAAGCGAAUAGACAACAGUAA